GUCCAGUGCCAUGUAGGGGCGCCAUAUUUACUUGUGAAAAUGGUUCAAAUCAAAGAAUUUACCAAACCUGCUACUAGUAAAAUAAUUUAAGAAUGACAGUGCCACGAUCCACUCUGCUACUACUAGUAGGGAGAUUUGAGAGUUGAAUUAUUAUUAUUAUAAGGCAGCUGCGUUACGUAGCUGCACCCUCAUCACUCUGGUCUGCUCCAGUCCGCAGGUAGAAGAUAACCAGUACGUAAUUGACAAAGCAAUAAUCCCCCGGAAAUGGCCAAACCGCCCCCAGAUUUGCUUCUCCUCUUUGCCUCAUUCCUAGCUGUUGUGAUCACCAUUUCUGAGGCAAGAUCCCUUCCUCCUCCGACGUCAACACUCCUCCCUCAUCUGCUCAAAUCCUUCGAGAUCAAACCCAACCAGAGCGCUGCAAGUGCAAGGAGCUGUUCCUACACCGUGACCAUCAAGACCAGCUGUUCUUCUUCAUCUUACACCAGAGACAGAGUCAGUCUUGCAUUCGGUGAUGCCUAUGGCAAUGAGGUGUAUGCAGCGAGAUUGGACGAUCCCUCAUCGAGGACCUUCGAGAGGUGCUCCACGGACACAUUUAGGAUACGGGGACCCUGCACCUACGACAUCUGUUAUCUCUACUUGCUGAGGGUAGGGUCGGACGGUUGGGAGCCGGAGAGCGUGAAGGUGUACGUUCCUGAUGGGAGGGCAAUUACCUUCAAUUACAACACAUUUCUGCCUGAUGGAGUUUGGUUUGGUUUCAACCAUUGUAAUGGGGGAUCUGCUGCCCUGCUUAUGUAACAAAUUUCAAACAUUCCCACCUGUCUUGCCCUGUGAAACAUCGUUUUUACCGUUGGCUUUUGCAGAAUGAAAUACUAAGUACUUCUUUUGUGAGAUUUUGUAUUGUAUUGUAUUAUGGCAUGGAAUAUGGAUGGAUUUUUGGUA